AUGCUGCUUCCUGCCCUCCUCUUUGGGAUGGCAUGGGCACUCGCUAACGGGCGGUGGUGUGAACAUACGCAAACCUUCCUGGUGGAGGAGGAAGUUGUCCCCCACCAGGAGGCCCUGGUGCCCUGCACCAGCCUCUACUAUUACCAGCGCCUGGGCUGGCAGCUGGACCUGUCCUGGAGUGGACGUGCUGGGCUCUGUCCCAUCUACAAGCCCCCAGAAACCCGGCUCGCUGCAAGGAACCGGACAGCGAGGGCUUGCUGUCCAGGCUGCGGGGGCAGCCACUGCACCCUGGCCCUUGCAGAAGCCAGCCCUGGGGGCCGCUGCUUUGCCACUCAGCAGUGCCAGCAGCAGGCAGGCUCAGCUAAUGCUUCUGCAGGAAGCCUGGAGGAGUGCUGUGCUUGGCCCUGGGGACAGAGCUGGCGGGGGGGCAGCCCCCAGGCCUGCCUCAGCUGCUCCAGCCGACCCCUCGCAGGCAGCACUCCCUCUCCAGCCCUCCUGCAGCCCCUGGCAGGGGCCGUGGCCCGGUUCUGGAGCCAGCGCCAACGGCCCUCGGCCACCUGUGCCACCUGGGCGGGCUUCCACUACCGGACCUUUGAUGGGCGCCACUACCACUUCCUGGGCCGCUGUGGUUACCUGCUGGCGGGCGCCGCUGGUGCCACCUGGGCCGUCCACCUCACGCCCAGGGGGCACUGCCCCCAGCCUGGGCACUGUCAGCUGGCCCGAGUAAUGAUGGGACCCGAGGAGGUGCUGAUCCAGGGCAAAAAUGUCUCUGUGAACGGGAAGCUGGUACCUGAUGGGGAGUCUCAGCUGCUCCACGGGCUGAGCCUGCAGUGGCAAGGGGACUGGCUGGUGCUGUCAGGGGGCCUGGGGGUCAUCGUGCGCCUGGACAGGUCCAGUUCGGUCUCCGUUUCUGUGGACUCUGAGCUCCAGGGACAAACUCAAGGUCUCUGUGGAGUCUACAAUGGCCAGCCUGAGGAUGACUUCCUGGAGCCCGGAGGGAGACUGGCUGUGUUAGCUGCGACCUUUGGGAAUUCCUGGAGGCUCCCUGACUCCGAGCCUGGGUGUCUGGAUUCAGCGGAGGCAGCCCAGGGCUGUGAGGACCCCCUGAGCGGCACAGAGGCAGGCACGGAGGCUGAAGCCCAGGAUGUGUGCCACCAGCUGCUGGACAGUCCGUUCAGGGAAUGCCAUGCCCAAGUUCCCCCUGCUGAGUACCACCAGGCCUGCCUCUUUGCCUACAGUUCUGGGGCCCCAGCAGGCAGUGGGCGAGAGGCCCGUCGGGAAGCCGUGUGCACCACCUUGGCCAACUAUGCCCAGGAGUGUGCCAAGCAGCAUAUCCAUGUGGGCUGGAGGAAGCCAGGCUUCUGCGAGCGCCCGUGCCCUGGGGGCCAGCUGUACUCGGACUGCGCCUCGGCUUGCCCAGCCAGCUGCUCAGCAGUGGGUGAAGGAGGGGAGGGGUCCUGCCGGGAAGCGUGCGUGAGCGGCUGCGAGCGCCCGCCGGGCCUCUUCUACCCUACGGCUUCUUCUAGCUGCCCCUGCUCCCACCGGCGCCGGCCCUACCCGCCCCCUCACCCACCCCCCGGGGACACCGUGCGCCAGCUGGGCAACCCCUGCGUGUGCCAGGACGGCCGCUGGCUCUGCGCGCAGGCGCCGUGCCCAGCCGAGUGCGCGGUGGGCGGGGACGGGCAUUACCUCACCUUCGAUGGGCGGAGCUUCUCCUUCCGCGGCCGUCCGGGUUGCCGCUCCAGCCUGGUGCAGGACUUGAAGGGGCAGUUGCUGAUUGUGCUGGAGCAUGGGGCCUGUGACACCGGGAACUGCCUCCACGCCAUCUGUCUCUCUGGGGACCACAUCCAGCUCAGAGACUCAGGGGCUGUACUCAUCGAUGGGCAGGACGUGGGCUUGCCGUGGCGUGGGCCUAAGGGCCUCAGUGUCUCCCGAGCCUCCUCCACCUUCCUACUGCUGCGCUGGCCUGGGGCCCAGGUCCUCUGGGGAGUGUCUGACCCCGCAACCUACAUCACUCUGGACCCCCGCCAUGCCCACCAGGUGCAGGGUCUGUGUGGCACCUUCACCUGGAAGCAGCAGGAUGACUUCCUGACACCGGCUGGCGAUGUGGAGACCAGCAUUGCAGCCUUUGCUAGCAAGUUCCAGGUGGCAGGCGAGGGAAGCUGCCCCGCAGACGACAGCGCCCCACCUUCCCCCUGCGGCACCCACACUCAGCGCCACGUUUUUGCGGAGGCAGCUUGUGCUGUCCUGCACGGCCCCACCUUCCAGGAAUGCCAAGCGCUGGUGGGCAGGGAGCCGUUCCACCUGCGCUGCUUGGCAGCUGUGUGCGGCUGUGCUCCUGGCAAGGACUGCCUGCGCCCUGUGCUCGAUGCCUUUGCUCGUCGCCGUGCCCAGGAGGGUGCCCGGUCUCCCUGGAGGACCCACACGCUCUGCCCUGUCCCGUGUCCUGGGGGCCAGGAGUACCAGGAGUGUGUCCCAGCGUGUGGUCGACACUGUGGGGAGCCAGAAGACUGUGGGGAGCUGGGCAGCUGUGUGGCUGGUUGUAACUGCCCCCCAGGACUGCUGUGGGACCCCGAGGGCGAGUGCGUGCCCCCCAGCUUGUGCUCCUGCCGGCUUGGAACUCAUCGCUAUGCCCCUGGCAGUGCCACCAUGAAGGACUGCAACUGCUGUGUCUGUCAGGAGAGGGGCCUCUGGAAUUGCUCUGCUCACCGCUGUGGCCCCCAGCAGACAUUCUGCCCCCGUGGCCUUGUCUAUGUCCCUGGUGCCUGCCUCCUCACGUGUGACAGCCCUGGUGCCAACCACUCCUGCCCCCCGGACAGCCCAGGGAGCUGUGUCUGUCCCCCAGGCACCGUGCUGCUGAACGAGCGCUGCGUGCCUCCUGAGCUCUGUCCCUGCCGUCACGGAGGGCAGUGGUAGCCGCCCAACGCUACCAUCCAGGAGGACUGCAACAUUUGUGUAUGUCAGGCUCAGCAAUGGCACCGCACGGGCCACCGGUGCGGCGGAUGGUGCCAGGCAUCGGGUGCCCCCCGCUACGUGACCUUUGAUGGGCUGGCUUUCACCUUCCCUGGAGCCUGCGAAUAUCUGCUGGUUCAAGAGGCCAGCGGCCGGUUCAGCGUCUCUGCCCAGAACCUGCCCUGUGGGGCCAGUGGGUUCACCUGCGCCAAGGCGCUGACCGUGCGACUGCAGAGCACUGUUGUGCACGUGCUCAGAGGCCGGGCAGUGAUGGUGAAUGGUGUGAGCAUAACGGGCCCCAAGGUCUGUGCAGGCCCUGGGCUGAGCCUGCGCCGUGCUGGUCUCUUCCUGCUGCUCACGACCCGCCUGGGCCUCAGCCUGCUCUGGGACGGAGGCACCCGGGUCCUGGUGCAGCUGUCCCCACAGUUCCGUGGCCGUGUGUCUGGGCUGUGUGGAGAUUUUGAUGGAGAUGCCAGUGAUGACCUGCGGAGCCGCCAGGGCGUCCUGGAGCCCCCAGCGGAGCUGGCUGCCCACUCCUGGCACCUGAGUCCGCUCUGCCCCGAGCCAGGAGACCUGCCACACCCCUGCACCGUGAACGCCCACCGGGCCAGCUGGGCCCGCGGCCGCUGCGGGGUGAUGCUGCAGUCGCUCUUUGCCCGGUGCCACGCAGAGGUGCCCCCGCAGCAGCACUACGAGCGGUGUGUGUCUGACGCGUGCGGCUGCGAUUCAGGGGGCGACUGUGAGUGUCUCUGCUCGGCCAUUGCCACCUACGCAGACGAGUGUGCCCGGCGUGUGCUCCCCGUGCGCUGGCACAGCCAGGAGCUCUGCCCUCUGCAGUGUGAAGGGGGCCAGGUGUACGAGGCCUGUGGCCCCACGUGUCCCGACUGCCAUGACCGUGGUCCUGAGCCCGGGUGGCACUACCGCUGUGUGGAGGGCUGCUUCUGCCCCGAGGGGACUCUGCUGCAUGGAGGAGUCUGCUUAGAACCAGCUUCCUGCCCCUGUGAGUCAGAGGGCAGCUUCUUCCCGCCGGGGACUGUGCUACAGAAGGACUGUGGGAACUGCACAUGCCAGGAAAGCCAGUGGCUCUGCGAGAGCGACACUACCCGCUGUGAGGAGCUGGAGCCUGGCUGUGCGGAGGGAGAGGCCCCAUGCCGGGAGAGUGGGCACUGUGUGCCCCACAGGCGGCUUUGUGACAACCAGGAUGACUGUGGCGAUGGCUCAGACGAGGAGGGCUGUGCCACACCAGGCUGUGGGGAGGGGCAGAUGUCUUGCCGCUCCGGCCACUGCCUGCCCCUGGCCCUGCUCUGUGACGGGCAAGACGACUGUGGAGACGGGACGGACGAGCAGGGCUGCCCAUGGCCCCAUGACACGCUGGCUUGCACUGAUGGGCGCUGCCUGCCCCCCGCCCUGCUCUGUGACGGGCAUCCCGACUGUCCGGACGCCGCUGACGAGGAGGCCUGUCUGGGGCAGCUGAACUGCUCUCCUGGGGAGCUGUCCUGCGUUGAUGGCACCUGCGUGGGGGCCGUCCUGCUGUGUGACGGAAUCUGGGACCGCCUGGAUGGAGCCGACGAGGGACCCGGACACUGCCCCUUCCCUUCGCUGCCCACUCCCCCAGCGGGCACUGUGCCUGGCCCUUCCGCGGGCUUUGGGGCGACUGCACCAACUCCCCGGGCCAGCGCCAGCGCCCAGGGGAUGACAGCCCCAGGAGGCCCCAACGGGACCAGGGCUCCCUGCCCGGAAUACUCCGGCCCUGAUGGCCUCUGCAUCAGUUUCCAGCUGGUUUGUGACGGGCCUUCCCCAGAAGAGCAGGGCUGUGGGGCCUGGGGCGCCUGGAACUCGUGGGGGCCGUGCAGCCGGACGUGGGGCCCUGGGGUGCAGGGCCGGAGUCGCCACUGCUCCCCGCCGGGUGUCCCCAUGCUGCAGCACUGCCCAGGCCCCGAGCACCAGACUCAGGCCUGCUUCACGGCCGCCUGCCCAGUGGGUGGCGAACGGACCUCCUGGUCUCCCUGGUCCCCGUGCGCUGAGCCAUGCAUGGGCACCAUGACCCGUCAGCGACAGUGCCACCCUCCCCAGCAUGGGGGCCGGACCUGUGCCGUGCUGCCCGGGGGCCCUCCCACCACCCGCCAGACCAGGCCCUGCCCUCAGGAUGGCUGCCCCAGUGCCAUCUGCUCUGGGCAGCUGGUGUUCUGGCCCUGUGCCCCCUGCCCCCUGACUUGUGCUGAAAUCUCUGGUCAGGCUGUGUGCGCCGCUAACCAGGCCUGCAGCGGCCCAGGCUGCUGGCGCCCUGCAGGCCAGGUGCUGGGCAGCGAGGGGCGGGGCGUGUGGCCGCGGCAGUGCCCCUGCCUGCUGGAUGACAAGCGGCAGUGGCCCGGGCAGCGCAUCGAGGCCGACUGCCAGCUCUGCACCUGCCAAGACGGGCGGCCUCGGCGCUGUCGGCCUGACCCUGGCCGUGCCGUGGACUGUGGCUGGUCCUCCUGGUCCCCCUGGGCUGAGUGCUUGGGCCCCUGUGGGAGCCAGAACAUUCAGUGGUCCUUCCGGAGCCCCAACAACCCCCACCUCUCCGGCCAAGGUCGCCAGUGCGGAGGCAUCCACCGCAAGGCCCGCAGGUGCCGGACGGAGGCCUGUGCGGGCUGUGAGCGGCAGGGCCGGCUCCGCGGCGUGGGGGAGCGCCGGCGAGGCCCCUGCACCGUCUGCGAGUGUCUGCCCAGCAGCACCGUGCGCUGCUCCCCGCACUGCCCACUGGGCACCUGACUCUUGUGUCCACAGGACUGGGUCCUGGUGGAGGGAAUGGGAGGUUCAUGUUGCCGCUGCGCCCCGCCUGGAGAGAACCAGACGGUCCGCCCCCUGGCCACUCCUGCCCCCUCUCCAGCCUUCAGUGCCCAGAUCGGACCCCCUCUGGUCACCUACGUACUGCCUCCGCCUGGAGACCCCUGCUAUUCCCCGCUGGGCCUGGUGACUCCCCGGGGAAGCCUGAAGCUGGAGCCCCCCACCCAGGCUGCCCUCCUGGGGGCUCCCACCAAGGGGCCUGGCUAUCCGGGUCGGAGCACUCAGCGGCACACCCGGCCCCCCUACCUGCUGCUGGACCUGCUGCUGCCCCGGAACCUCACUGGCAUCAUGGUGCAGGGGGCUGGGUCCUCGGCCUUGCUCCAGUUCAGCAGCGAUGGUCUACACUGGGACAACUAUACCGAUAUCCUGCCUGGUAUCCUGCCCCCAGCCAAGCCUCCCCAGGGAGACAAGCAGGUGCAGCUGCUGGGCUGUGAGCCAGGGACCGGGGGCGGGCACCGCUGUGCCGGUGGUGAGUGAGCUCCGCGGGGGGAGCCGUGCGACGGGCUGAAGGACUGUGAGGAUGGCUCCGACGAGGAGGGCUGCGUGCCCCUGCCCGCAGCCGCUGACAGGUAUGGGGUGCCCUGCUGCCCAGCUUCGCCUUGGAGGGGCCGGCCUGCAGCACUGCCCUUGGGGCCCAGGCUGAGCCCUCUCCCUCCACAGGCUCUGGCAGAGGCCGAACACUGGCAUCCCUCGCGAGGCUCAUCUAUACCCCCCACAGGGAAGGGACCAGCGACUCAGGCCCUAGCCUCCGAGCCUCCUCACUUGAGUCCUGGGGAAACUGUGCAGACCGUGACCACCACCCCCAUAUCCCAGGUGACCCCAGUGGCCCCUGGAGGACACCGUGGGCAGGUGUCCCGUCAGCCGGCUGUGGUGGUGCCCACAGCCCAGAGCGUCGCCCCGGAGCCCUUCCCCCCGGCAAGGUGCAGCCCAGGCCAGGUGCCCUGUGAGGUGCUGGGAUGUGUGGAGCAGGGGCAGCUGUGUGACGGGAGGGAGGACUGUCUGGACGGCUCCGACGAGAGGCACUGUGCGAGCCCUGUGCCCUUCACGGUGCCCACCACGGCCCUGCCUGGGCUGCCGGCCUCGCGAGCCCUCUGCUCCCCGAGCCAGCUGAACUGCGGUAAUGGGGAGUGCCUGCCGGCUGAGCGGCACUGUGACCUGCGGCCGGACUGCCAGGACGGCUCUGAUGAGGACGGCUGUGUGGACUGUGGGCUGACGCCCUGGUCUGGCUGGAGCCUCUGCAGCCGCACCUGUGGGCCGGGCCUCGCCUUCCAGCGCCGGGACCUGCUGCGGCCUCCCCUGCCUGGGGGCAACUGCCCGUCCGACAGGCUCCGCAGCCAGCCCUGCUUCGUGCAGACCUGCCCAGUGGCUGGGGCGUGGGCUGUGUGGGGGGCCUGGGGGCCCUGCAGCGUCUCCUGUGGCGGUGGCCAUCGGAGUCGCCAGAGGAGCUGUGUGGACCCCCCGCCCAAGAACGGUGGUGCCCCCUGCCCCGGGGCCUCCCACGAGGGGGCACCGUGCGCCCUGCACCCCUGCACAGGGGACACAGACUGUGGGCUGGGCCGUGUGCAUGUUGGUGCUGAGCUGUGCCGGAAGGGGCUGGUGGCCCCGUGUCCGCCCUCCUGCUUGGAUCCUGAGGCCAACAGAAGCUGCAGCGGGCACUGUCUGGAGGGAUGCCGCUGCCCCUCUGGGCUCCUCCUCCAUGAUGCUCACUGCCUGCCCCUCUCUGAGUGCCCUUGCCUCGUGGGUGAAGAGCUGAAGCAGCCGGGGGUGCCCUUCCUCCUGGACAACUGCAGCCGCUGCAUGUGUGAGAAGGGGGCCCUGCUGUGCGAACCAGAGGGCUGCCCCGUGCCCUGUGGCUGGUCAGCCUGGUCCUCCUGGGGUCCCUGUGACCGCUCCUGUGGCUCUGGAGUGAGGGCCAGGUUCAGAUCCCCUUCCAACCAUCCGGCUGCUUCUGGGGGCACCCCAUGUGAAGGCGACAGUCAGGAGCUGCAGGCCUGCCACGUGGAGUGCGGGACAGAGGCGCCGGGCUGGACCCCCUGGGCGCCCUGGUCCUCCUGCUCCCGGAGCUGCCUUACCGUCGGAGGAGGCCCCGGUUGGCACCGUCGUUCCCGGCUCUGCCCCAGCCCCGGGGACACAUCCUGCCCAGGAGAGGCCACCCAGGAGGAGCCCUGCAGCCCCCCUGUGUGCCCAGUGCCAAGCGCCUGGGGUCUGUGGGCUCCCUGGUCAGCCUGCUUGGCCCCCUGUGACGGAGGCAUCCAGAUACACGGGCGCAGCUGCUCUGGCGUUAUUCCCGGGGACCCCGAGUGCCAGGGGCCUCACAGCCAGACCAGGGAUUGCAACACGCAGCCCUGCACAGCCCAGUGCCCGGGGGACAUGGUGUUCCGCUCAGCAGAGCAGUGCCAGCGGGACGGGGGCCCCUGCCCUCAGCUGUGCCUGGCUCAGGACCCUGGGGUAGAGUGCGCCAGCUUCUGCGCCCCUGGCUGUGCCUGCCCCGCCGGCCUCUUCCUGCACAACGCCAGCUGCUGGCCCCGCACUCGGUGCCCCUGCCAGUUGCAGGGGCAGCUCUACGCCCCGGGAGCACGGGCUCGGCUGGACUCCUGCAACAACUGUACCUGUGUCUCCGGUGAGAUGGUGUGCACCUCGGAGCCCUGCCCAGUGGCCUGUGGCUGGAGCCCCUGGACCCCAUGGAGUCUCUGCAGCCACAGCUGUGACAUGGGCAUUCGGCGGCGCUUCCGGGCGGGCACUGCGCCCCCAGCGGCCUUUGGGGGUGCUCCGUGCCAGGGCCCCAGCAUGGAGGCCGAGUUCUGCAGCCUGCGGCCCUGUCGGGGUCCUGGUGGGGAGUGGGGCCCCUGGUCCCCGUGCUCCGUGCCCUGCGGCGGCGGCUACCGGAACCGCAUCCAAGGCGGUGGCCUCAAUGACCCUAUGGAGUUCUCGGCCUGCGGGCGGCGGCCCUGCGCAGGGCCCGUGCCUGGCGUGUGUCCCAAGGGCAAGCGGUGGCUGGACUGCGCCCAGGGCCCUGCCUCCUGUGCGGAGCUCAGUGACCCGCAAGGGACAGACCAGACCUGCCACCCCGGCUGUUACUGCCCUUCUGGGACGCUCCUGCUGAACAACGUGUGUGUGCCCUUCCAGGACUGCCCCUGUGCUCAUGGGGGACGCCUUUAUCCCCCGGGCAGUGUGGUGCUUCGUCUCUGUGAGAACUGCUCCUGUGUUUCUGGGCUUAUCACCCACUGCACCUCCUGGCCUUGUGAGGAGGGUGAGCCCAUAUGGUCACCCUGGACCCCAUGGAGCGAGUGCUCAGCCUCCUGUGGACCUGCCCGUCGCCACUUCUGCUCUGGGCCCCCCACCGCGGACCCGCCUGUCCUGGCGCUGCCAUCCCCACCAACCUUGCCUACUCCUCCUUGCCCAGGCCCCGACGCUGAGGAGGAGCCCUGCCUCCUGCCAGGGUGUGACCGAGCUGGGGGCUGGGGGCCUUGGGGGCCCUGGUCCAGCUGUAGCCGGAGCUGUGGGGGAGGCCUGCGAAGCCGGAUGCGAGCCUGCGACCAGCCCCCACCCCAGGGCCUGGGGGAUUACUGCGAGGGGCCUCGGGCCCAGGGAGAGGCCUGCCAGGCUCUGCCAUGCCCAGCGACCGACUGCACCGCCGUUGAGGGGGCCGAGUACAGCCCGUGUGGCCCUGCCUGUCCUCGCUCCUGUGACGACCUCGUGCACUGCGUGUCUCGCUGCCAGCCCGGCUGCUACUGCCCUCCUGGCCAGGUGCUGAGCGCCGACGGGGCCUUCUGCGUGCCGCCCGGCCACUGUGGCUGCCUGGACCUGCUGAGCGGGGAGCGGCACCGGCCGGGGGCUCGGCUGCCCAGGCCCGACGGCUGCAACUACUGCACCUGCUCGGAGGGGAGGCUGAACUGCACAGACCUGCCUUGCCCAGUGCCGGGUGGCUGGUGUCCGUGGUCGGAGUGGACAGCGUGCUCCCAGCCUUGCAGGGGUCAGACGAGGACCCGCUCCAGGGCCUGCACCUGCCCCGCUCCUCAGCACGGGGGGACCCCGUGCCCUGGUAAAGCAGGGGAGGCAGGGGCCCAGCAUCAGAAGGAGACCUGCCCCAGCCCCCCCGACUGCCCAGUGGAUGGAGCCUGGAGCCCGUGGGGACUGUGGUCUCCCUGUGACCGGUGCCUGGGGCAGUCCCAUCGGAGCCGGGAGUGUAUCUGGCCCCCCACCCCCGAAGGAGGCAGGCCCUGCCCUGGGGGCUACAGGCAGAGUCGCCCCUGCCAAGACAAUUCCACACAACGCACAGCCUGUGGGGAUGGCCAGGGUCUUCUCCCCUGUGGGUGGCCCUGUCCCCGCUCCUGCCAGGACCUGUUUCCGGGGAGUGUGUGCCAGCCAGGACUGACGGGCUGCCAGCCCAGCUGUGGGUGCCCCCCCGGCCAGCUGUCCCAGGAUGGCCUUUGUGGGCCUCCUGCCCGCGGCCACUGUCACUACCAGGCUGGAGCCAUGGGGAUUCCUGAGAACCAGAGCCGGUCAGCAGGGCCUGGGCUCAGCUCCUGGGAGAGCCUGGAACCCGGAGAGGUGAUGACUGGGCCCUGUGACAACUGCACCUGUAUGGAGGGCAUCCUGCAGUGCCGGGAGGUGCCUGGCUGCCCUGGCCCUGGGGUGUGGGGUUCCUGGGGUCCCUGGGAAGACGGCAGUGUCUCAUGCGGAGGAGGGGAGCAGCUCCGCUCCCGGAGAUGUGCCCGGCCCCCCUGCCCUGGGCAUGCCCGCCAGAGCCGCACCUGCCACGCCCAGGUCUGCAGAGAGGCAGGCUGCCCGGCUGGACGUCUGUACCAGGAGUGCCCGCCCGGCGAGGGGUGCCCCUUCUCCUGCGCCCACGUCACUCGGCAGGUGGGCCCCAUGGGCACCUUCCAGCACCGCUUGUCCUGUGUCCAGGAGUGCCCCUGUGUGCUCACUGCCUCGCUGCUGUGGGAGCUGGGAGCUGCCGGCGCUGACCCUGCGGCUCGCCCCCCCAUUCUGGGAGAGGGCGGUCAGCCCCUUGGGCCUGGGGAUGAGUUGGGCUCAGGCCAGAGCCUUCGUCGUACAGGCUGCAGGAACUGCUCCUGUGUGCGUGGGCAGCUGUCUUGCUCGGUGGGGGACUGCUCCAAGGCUGCCGAUGGCUUCAGUCCCUGGGGGCCAUGGGGCCCAUGCUCCCGGUCUUGUGGUGGGCUGGGCACCCAAACCCCCAGCCGCCAGUGUGUGCGGCCCUCCCCAGCUCCAGGCAGCCAGGGCUGCGGUGGGCCCCGCCAGGACCUCAAGUACUGCCCCAGCCCAGACUGCCCAGGGGCUGGAGGGUCCACAGUGGAGCCCGUGACAAGCCUUCCAGGCGGCUGGGGCCCAUGGUCCCCAUGGUCCCCAUGCUCUCACACCUGCACAGACCCCACUCACCCUGCUUGGCGCAGCCGUACUCGCCUCUGCCUGGCAAACUGCACUGGGGGAGCCACGUCACAGGAGUGCCCUUCCAACUUGCCCUCCUGCACAGAGCUGCCCCUGUGCCCCAGCCCUGGCUGUGUGGCUGGGAACUGUUCCUGGACCGCCUGGGCCCCAUGGGAACCUUGCUCCCGCUGCGGGGUGGGCCAGCAGCGCCAUCUGCGGGCCUACCGUCCCCCAGGGCCCAGUGGGCACUGGUGCCCCGAUAUCCUUACCACUUACCAGGAGAACCGCUUCUGCAACCUGCGGGCUUGCCCAGUGCCUGGAGGCUGGUCACGCUGGAGUCCCCAGUCCUGGAGUGACCGGAGCUGUGGGGGGGGGCGAUCCCUGAGGAGUCGCAGCUGCUCAAGCCCCCCACCCAAGAACAGGGAUGCCCCCUGUGUUGGGGAGAGGCACCAUGCUCGGCUCUGCAAUCCCUUGCCCUGUGAGGAGGGCUGCCCAGCAGGCAUGCAGGUGGUCAGCUGUGCCAACCGUUGCCCCCGCCGCUGCUCAGACCUCCAGGAGGGGAUCGUGUGUCAGGACGGCCAGGCCUGCCAGCCGGGUUGCCGCUGCUCGGAGGGCUUCCUGGAGCAGGACGGCGGCUGUGUGCCGAGGCACUGCGAGUGUACAGAUGCCCAGGGCCAGAGCUGGGCCCCGGGCAGCCAGCACCAGGAGGCCUGCAGCACUUGCACCUGCCAGGCUGGGCGCCUCUCCUGCACGGCUCAGCCCUGCCCACCGCCUGCCCACUGCGCCUGGAGCCGCUGGUCAGCCUGGAGUCCCUGCAGCCGCUCGUGUGGGCCCGAGGGGCCGCAGAGCCGCUUCCGGUCCUCCACAUCGGGCUCGUGGGCCCCAGAGUGUCGGGAGGAGCAGUCCCAGAGCCAGCCCUGCCCUCAGCCCCCGUGCCCACCCCUGUGCCUGCACGGUGCUCGCCUCCACACCCUGGGGGACAGUUGGCUGCAGGGCGAGUGUCAGCGGUGCUCCCGCACCCCGGAGGGCAUCAUAUGUGAAGACAUCGAGCGUGCAGUACCCAGGGCCUGGACCCCCUGGUCUGAAUGCCCUGUCUCCUGUGGAGGUGGAAGCCAGGUUUGCACCUGGGUCUGCAUGGCCUCGGCCGCUGACCGCAGCGGGGCCCCCUGCCUGGGCCCUGGCACCCAGACCCAGCGCUGUGGAUGGCAGCCUUGCCUGGGGCUGCUGGAGGCCUGCUCCUGGGGCCCGUGGGGGCCCUGUUCCCGCAGCUGUGGCCCAGGCCUGGCCUCCCGCUCUGGGUCCUGCCCGUGCCCACUGGCUGAAGUCGACCCCACCUGCAAUGGCACCUUCCUCCACCUGGACACCCAGGCCUGCUACCCAGGGCCCUGCCUAGAGGAGUGCCUGUGGAGCAGCUGGAGCAGCUGGACGCAAUGCUCCUGCCAGGUGCUGGUCCAGCAGCGCUACCGACACCAGGGACCAGCACCCACAGCGGGAGCGGCGCCGGGGGGCUCUCCCUGCUCGCGCCUGGACGGCCACUUCCGGCCCUGCCCCAUCAGCAACUGCUCGGAAGACAGCUGCACACCUCCCUUUGAGUUCCGGGCCUGUGCCCCGCCCUGUGCCGGGCUCUGCACCACACACUUGAGCCAUCGGCUCUGCUAGGACCUGCCGCCCUGCCAGCCUGGCUGCUACUGUCCAGAGGGGCUGCUGGAGCAGGCGGGGGGCUGCAUUCCCCCAGAGCAGUGUAGCUGCCUGCACCUCACAGGAGAAGGAGCCACAGUGACCCUGGCCCCCGGGGAACGCCUGCACCUGGGCUGCAAAGAGUGUGAAUGCCAGCACGGAGAACUGCAGUGCACCAGCCAGGGCUGUCAAGGUCUUCUUCCUCUGAGUGGGUGGUCCGAGUGGUCACCCUGUGGGCCCUGCCUGCCCCUUGGCGUGCUGGCCCCUGCCUCCAGGACUGUGCUAGAGGAGCGCUGGUCUCAGCACCCAGCUGGCCGCUCCCCGACCUUGGCCCCCUGGCUGGCUUCGGAGCAGCACCGCCAUCGCCUCUGUUUGGACCCUGAGACGAGGAGGCCGUGGGCUGGAGACCCAGACCUCUGCCCUGCCCCACUUAGCCAGCAGCGCCUCUGCCUGGACCCCAUUUCAUCUCCCAGACUUAUGCCAUGGAGUCCUUGGGGGCCCUGGAGCCCCUGCCAGCUGCCCUGCUGUGGAGGUUUCCAGCUACGCUGGAGAGAGGCAGCGGCCCCCCCUGGAGGGGGCUGCUGGGGGCCAUGGGCUCAGACUGAGAGCUGCAAUGUGGCGCCCUGCCCAGGGGAGAGCUGCGAAGCCUGGGACACCGUGCCCACCCUUGACUGUGCCAACCGAUGCCCCAGAAGCUGUGCCGACCUCUGGGACCGCGUGCAGUGUCUGCAGGGGCCAUGCCCCCCAGGCUGCCGCUGCCCCCCUGGCCAACUGAUACAGGAUGGACACUGCGUGCCCAUCUCCUCCGGCUGCUGUGGCCUUCCCAGCCCCAAUGCCUCAUGGGUGGUGGCCCCAGCUGAGGUAGCACAGCUGGACUGCAAAAACUGCAUCUGUAUCAAUGGGUCCCUGAUGUGCCCACACCACGAGUGCCCUGUCCUUGGGCCUUGGUCAGCCUGGAGCAGCUGCUCUGCUCCCUGUGGUGGGGGCACUAUGGAGCGGCAUCGGAGCUGUGAGGAGGGUCCUGUGGGGGUACCAUGCCAGGCCCGGGACACAGAGCAGCGGCAGGAAUGUAACCUGCAGCCCUGCCCCGAGUGCCUACCUGGCCAGGUGCUCAGAAUCUGUGCCACCGCAUGCCCACGCCUCUGCUCGCAUCUGCAGCCUGGUGCCCCCUGUGUGCAGGAACCCUGUCAGCUUGGCUGCGGCUGCCCUGGAGAGCAGCUGCUGCACCAUGGCACGUGUGUUCCCCCCGCUGCAUGCCCCUGCACCCAGAUCUCUCUGCCGUGGGGCCUUACCUUGCCCCUUGAAGAGCAGGCCCGGGAGCUUCCCCCAGGGACUGUGCUCAUCUGGAACUGUACCCGCUGUAUCUGCCGAGAUGGAGCCUUCAACUGCUCCCUAGCUGACGGUCAUGAGUGCCCCUCCGGGGAAAUGUGGCAGCAGCUCCCUGGGGAGCUGGGGCUGUGCGAGCGGACGUGCCGGGAGCCCAACGCCACGGAGACCCAGGGCAGCUGCAGUGCGGCGCGGGCCCCGGGCUGUGUGUGCGGUCACGGGCACUUGCGCAGCCAGGCGGGCCUCUGCGUGCCCGCGGACGGCUGCGAGUGCUGGCGCCGUGGGCAUCCCCACCCGCCCGGAUCCGAAUGGCAGGAGGACUGUGACAGCUGCCGCUGCGUCCGCGGGAGGAGUGUCUGCACCCAGCCCUGCCCCCCGCUCACCUGUGCCCAGGGCGAGGUGACUGUGCAGGAGCCAGGGAGCUGCUGUCCCACUUGCCGCCAAGAGACUCUGGAGGAGCAGUCAGCCUCCUGCUGGCAUCUCACCGAGCUGCGCAACCUCACCAAGGGCCCCUGCUACCUGGACCAGGUAGAAGUGAGCUACUGCAGCGGGCACUGUCCAUCCAGCAUCAACGUCAUGCCUGAGGAGCCGUACCUGCAGAGCCAGUGAGGCUGCCGCAGCUACAGCCGGGACCCCGAGAGCCCCGUGCGGAUCCUGACCCUGCGCUGUCCCGGCGGCCGCGCGGAGCCGGUGGUGCUGCCCGCCAUCCGCAGCUGCCAGUGCAGCGCCUGCCAGGGAGGUGACUUCUCAAAGCACUGAUGGCUCCGCUGCACGAGGCUGCCUCCACCCCUCAUGUCAUCACCGGGCUCGGAGGCACUGACCCCCUCCUCCCGUGCCGACCCGCCCACUCCAUGCCCUGGUACCAGCAUCUCCCAAAUAAA